CUCUCCUCUCCACUCCGCUCCAGCUCCUGCAGCCCCCUCCCUCGGUCAACGGAGCUCGCAAUGUCGUCCGUCCUCGGCGCAGACCCGGACAACGCCGGGCCAGCCGCUAAACGUCCGAAGCGUACCUAUCGCGCGUGCUACCCUUGCCGCUCCCGCAAGCUCAAGUGCAAUUUUGGCGACCCCGACAAGCCAUGGGACGGCCCGUGUGUCCGCUGCACGCGCGAGCGGCGUGAGUGCGUGCGCGCCAUGUCCACCGUCGUGCGCUACGCCCUCCCCGAUGUGCCCGUGACGCACGUGCCGGCACCUGCCGCGCCCGCUCCUACGGCCUUUUCCCAGCCUUCCUUCCAGCCUAGCACCUACGCGCCGCCACCCCCGCCGCCGAAGGACUUCACGCGCUUCCAGUCGCGCGACCACGCGUACGCCCGCUACGAAGAGGAGGUGGACGAUCGGCAGUCCCCGCCGCUCGAAGACGAGGGCGACGCGGGGCGCGACGGUGGCCGCGCGCUCCUCAUGUCCAACCUUCAGAAUCCAAACGACGCACUCCGCCUACUCGCUUCCGCGUCUUCGUUGCGGUACCAGACCGGUCCCGCCGGCGAGAGAGUGAGCGAGACGGACCCACCACGCGGAGGAAUCAACGCGUGGCACUGGUGGGCGCCGGUCGAGGAGGGUGGUGUGGGUGCAGACGAAGCCGCGGCGCUCCUUGGCUUCUUCGAGAUCCGCAUGGCGCCGCUCUUCCCCCUCAUCCAUCCUCGCGUCCUCGAGCCUGCAUACCUCCCCACCCUGGUGGCGGACGAAGCACUCCUCCUUGGCGCUAUUGUGGGCAUCGCAUCGCGCUACGCCAACGUCCUGGAACCGGCGCGCGCCGCGCAGAUCCACGCUGUCGUCUCGCAGUGGGUGCGCGCUGAGAUUACAUCUCUCAUGGACGGUGACCUCGAGCUGCGCUCGACCAGCACUGUCGAGGCGCUGCUGCUGCUCAGCGAGUGGCCACUUCUUCCGGCUACGAGGAAGCGGCGGUCGCGCGAUGAGCCUGACUCAGAAGAGGCUCGCCUCCUGCGUCCAAGCCUGCGGUAUGACGCUUAUUGCUGGAGCAACAUUGGCCUCGCCAUCCGCAUCGCACAGGAACUUGGUAUGGAGGACAGCGUGUUCCAGGCCGCCGAGGCAGCAAAGGAAGCCUCCCCGGAUGCGUGGAAGUAUGAGCGCCCUCUCAAGACAUGGAUCUAUUGUUAUAAUGCCGAGUCGCACAUCGCCGCCCGUCUUGGUCGCAGCGCUGUCAUGCAGCCGAACAUGACCUCCAAGUGGUGGGAGAGUCUAUCCGUUGUCAACUGCGCUAUUCGCAAGGACAAAACCACAGAUGCAUGGGCCGGUGAUCUAUUCACAUUGACUAGCAACGGGCAGCUUCUUGGGUCGAUUCAGCAGCAUCUCUACUGGAGCAAGGAGAUCACAUAUACACUCCUUCGCUCGGGCGCAUGGGAGUCAUUCAUGCGCUCCAUGCGUCUCGACAUGCGCCACAACCGGCACUGCUGCGAUCAGCGGUUGCGCGAGGGCACGCUUAGCUCAGCCAUCCUCCAGCUCGAGUUCGAUUACCUCGUGUUGUACGCGAACUCGCUUGCCCUGCGCAGCCUUCAGCGGCGGCUGCGACGCGCUCGCGAGCGCGAUGAUCCGUCGUGGGAGACACCGUCACUGCUGAAUGCUGUAGAGGGACCCUGGAUCAUCGAAGCUCUUUCAGCGGCACGUGCGAUUCUCGAGACGACAACCAACAUGCUCGAGGCACGUGGACACCUGCGCUUCUGCCCCUCGCGCAUCUUCCAGUACAUCCUCUUCGCCACGACAUUCUUGUACAAGGCCCUCGCCAUCGGUGCAGUUGAGCACGGCGAGUCCAGCAUCGUCGCGAUGCUGGAGCGCACCGUUGCGGCGCUGGGUGCGGCUGCGAUCGAUAACGAGCACUUCCCAUCUGGCUUUGCCGUGCUUCUGGCGCGGCUGGGGAAACACUGGCACGCAGGGCCUAACCCCAAUCGCACCCUCGUGUUCGGCCCCAAGCCUCCGGAGAGCCAGCCAGGCAUGCCCGUCCCCCUGCCUCCCAUCGAGGCGCCCGUUGAGGCGCCGGUCGUUGCGACACCGCCAGCGCCGCCUCUCGCUGCGGCCGCAGCUGAGGGUGGCUUGGGGUGGCAGCUCGAUCUCACAUCACACAUGCCUGCGGCUGAGCUUGAGCAGGAUGUCAUUUUCCAGUCAAUCUGGGACCAUGCGGGCCAGAGCGCGGGCAUCUCCACCUCGAGCCUAUACGCUACAUUGCUGGGCGAGGCGCUCAAUAUGCCUGAAACGUUGUAACUGCGCACUGUGUAUCGAAUCCUGGGGUGUGAUGCAGAAUCUUGGCCUUUGUG